CCCCCAUCCCGGCAUACGUUCAACAACAAGCCUGCAUUCUCUCUGCAUUGAGCAUCAUUCCGAACGUCGAGCAGCCCCGGUCCAAACAGCCCCGCCCCUGCCUGAGCAUCGCUUGACAGCUCAUCCGAGCCUCCUGCAUCCCAGCAGACCCAAGCCAAGUCAGAGCCAAAGCGCGGCAUCUCAUUCACUUAUCGGGGACUUGCGCUUACGGCGGCGCUGCUUGGCUGUGUUGCCCACAAGAUCCGAUUUUUACCAAACUCCGCGCGAAAUCUCAGCAACCAGCUGCCGCGGACGCGACCUCUCUGCCAACACACGCCCCUAGAUAUCCGCCAAGAUGGCCACCUUCCAGAAUGGCGCAGCUCCUGCGCGAGUUCUCGAUGACAGCGAUGUGGAGGAGGAAGCACUGGUCGCCGAUUACCAGGAGCAGGUCCAGUACGAGGAUGGGGCCGAACUCUCGCAGGUCAACUCCUUGACCAUGGCCCAGCAGACCGACGACAUCCAGUCACGACUUGCCGCUGCCGCCCAGCCCCUCGACUUCGCCGCCCCCCUCGAGGUCAAGUUCCAGAGCUACGACUCCUACUGCAGCCUGUUCCACUUCAUCCUCAACUCUGAGGGCCCCGUUGAUCUCGAGCCCCCAUCUUACUACUGGGCUUGGGAUGUCAUCGACGAGUUCAUCUACCAGUUUAACUCCUUCUCUUCCUACCGUAUGCGAAUCGCGAGACAGGCCAACAAUGAGGAGGAGAUCCAGAACCUGCGGGAGAACCCCAACACGUGGGGUUGCUACAGCGUCCUCAACGUGCUGUACUCCCUGAUCCAGCGGUCCAACAUCCUGGAGCAGCUGGCUGCCGGGCGUCGCGGCGAGGACCCCAUGGCGGUCGCGGGCGAGUACGGAACCAAGAGCCUCUACCGCAUGCUUGGCUACUUCUCCAUCAUCGGCCUGCUGCGCGUCCACUGUCUGCUCGGCGACUUCAGCCUCGCCCUCAAGACCCUCGACGACAUCGAGCUCAACAAGAAGGCCAUGUUCGCCCGUGUCAUGGCUGCCCACUUCACGACCUACUACUAUGUUGGGUUCUCCUACAUGAUGAUGCGCCGCUACGCCGACGCCAUCCGCAUGUUCAGCCACAUCCUCGUCUACGUUUCGCGGACCAAGCAGUUCCAGAAGAGCGCCCAGUACGACUCUAUCACCAAGAAAAACGACCAAAUGCUGGCGCUGAUCGCCAUCUGUGUCGCCUUCCAGCCCACUCGCCUGGACGACACCAUCCACACGGCGCUGCGCGAGAAGUACGGCGACCAGCUGCUUAAGCUGCAGCGCGGUGGACCCGAGUCUCUGCCCAUCUUCGAGGAGCUCUUCCGCAACGCCUGCCCCAAGUUCAUCUCCCCUGUUCCCCCAGACUUCGACAACCCGGAGUCCAACAUCGACCCCAUCGAGCACCACCUGUCCAUCUUCAUGGAUGAGGUCAAGACCAACAUGUGGAGCCCAACCGUCAAGUCCUACCUGCGUCUUUACACCACCAUGGAUCUCAAGAAGCUGGCUGGCUUCCUCGAGGUCCAGCCGGAGGAGCUCCGGUCAUGGCUUCUUGUCACCAAGCAGCGGACCAAGCAGCUGCGCUGGACAGAGCGUGGCCUGCUUGAUGGUGAGCUGAUCAACGUCAGCGAUCUGGACUAUGCCAUGCAAGGUGACCUGAUCCACGUGUCGGAAGCCAAGGUCGGCCGCAAGCUUGUGGACUGGUACCUGCGGAACCUCUCCCGCACUUAUGCGUGAGCGGAGCCGACAUCCCGAGGAUUGGGACUUUGAACAAGUGGCCGUUUGUGUGAUUUGGAAAUCGCGGAUGAAAAGGUCUGCAUUGCACAAGGCGUUCCGGACAUUAGGGAACUCAGGGAGGGCUCGGGAAGCAGCAAAAUGCCCCUGACGGGUUAGGAAGCCCAUUCGAAUCGGGCCGGAAGGCUGACAUCCUGAUGGGACGAAGUCGGAAGCCCACAGACAGCCACACCAGUGGGAGAGGUGCCUCAAAAUCUUGGCAGCGUGCGAUGAUUUGGUAACGAUGCACUCCCCGGCAGAUGCCGAUGUUUCUGAGUGUCAGGUCCUUGACCGCCUCGGCGCGGAGACCAUGACGAACUAGAAGAUAGAGGACUUGGCAAUGCUGAAAGAAAGUCAUGUGAGGGUGGGAAUAGGUGCCAACUGUUUGCCGGUCCAAAACUGUCGUGCUGGAACCGAUUCAGCGUUGUAUCGCGAAUGUAUGAUCUUGCUUGAGCACCCGACAUUGAGAAUCAGGCCUCGUCCAACAUGAGAAUGCCGCAGAGGUAUCCGUACCAAGCCUGCGCUAAGAGACCACCCACAGGAGGGCGCCCACCAAUGGCUCCGUGCCGAACGACUUCCUCAUAAGCAGAGCUGAUGACAACCACACUCCCGUCCCCAGCGUGCAUAUGCCAAGCCUCAGGUAGCUGGGACUCCUUCCCUCCUGUUUUGACCUGCAGGCGUCCUGGGAGCUGGCUCGUCUUCCGGUCGGAGAUAUAGAAAUUACGAGGCCAAGGUUCGGCCGGGGGCAGGUAAGCACUGUCGUAGUAGAAACGGCAUUUCCUGUGCGACCGGCCCGGGCAUCACAUCAUCAAAGACACCAGCCUCGAGCUCGGUAGGGCAGAUUGUAGAAUAUACAAGCCAUGUGGGCGGCGAGCUGUGUGGGGGACGUCCACGCUUAUGACGCCCACCACCACCACCACCGCCAUCCUGCAGGACGGUAGCUGGAAACAACGGACACAGGAUUGGCCGUUAUCUCAUCUCAUUUCCACCGCAAUGGUUGUUAAUAUUGCUCCCGCGCGGUAGUGCUAUCUAAAUGACCGGGGCGGGAACUGAUGUUGGCCCAUGUCCC